CUCCCGUUCUCGUCUCGUCGCGUCUACGCGUUUCGUAUAACCGUAUACUUUUUCGUAAAAAAAAAGAAGAAAAAAACAACUAUACUAGUCACUUUUUUUCCUUCGCGAUAGUUUCGUAAUUGAGUGGGUGUGUGUGUGUGUGGAUAUGUCAGCAUUGUGCUUCGAAGCCAGUGAUGAAUAUGGUGCUUAUGCAGUCCAGCCUCAGGAUUUCCCAGCUCAAAUGUACCGGAGACGAUGAAGAGUGGAGCGACUCGGAAAAAGCGCCGUCCGUGAGCAGCGGUGGCGGCUGCGGCGGCCGGGACGGUGCCGAUUGCUCGGGGCCCCCGAGCCCGGCGGCCAGUCAGCUGCACGACGACGACGACAACUUCGCGAUCACACUGCCACCGCCGCCUAGACUCAAUCGUGCCUCGGCACAGGAGGUGGUCGUCCAGGCGAGCGAGGACAGCAUCGGCAGCAGGCUCAGGCUCAACACGCUGAGCGACGAUGCCAGAAAACGACUCGCCAGCAUGGCGGAGGAUUACGAGCACCACCUCCACCAGCAUCAUCAUCAUCAUCAUCAUCAUCAUCGCGAACAGCAGCGGCGGCCAUCGCGACCGAACUCGGUGCAAGACUCGAGCCCGAAGUCGGCGACGCAUCGGCAACAAAUGGAGCAAGACGACGACUGCGGCGUCAGUUUGGUGAUGCGCGAGGAGGAGCGAGCCUCGUCGAACUCGUCGUCGAAUUGCUCGGCCAGCGGCGGCAUCGGCGGCCCCACCACCAACAGCAACAGCAACGCGAACGCCAACAAUAGCAACAGUAGCACCGUGCUAAACAAUAACGGCCGGCGGGCCCUGCGACGGAGCGGCUCCGACGACUCGAGCUCGGACGUGCAGCUGGUGAGCGAGUCCAAGAGACCGAGGCAGCAGCAGCAGCAGCUGCGCGAGGAUGACUCGCCACCGUCGUCGGCUGGUAGUGGCGUGACGGCGGCGGCGUCGACGACGACGGCUGCGACCGGCACACCGAGGCUCAGGCUCAACGCCAGCCUCGCCACGGAUCCGGCACUGAGAUCGAGAUCGUCUACCGAUCGGCAGACGAUGAUGAGGCCAGACGAGGAAUCGUCGUCGCCGCCGGGAAGCGUCUCGCAGGUCUCCCUGCCGAGUGGAUUGCAAAAUGCGAUAGCAACCGGACGUUUGCUCAUGCUGCCGAACGACGGCUCGGCCCAGGCGCAGUCCGCCAAGGACAUAAUCGGGGUCGGCGGCGGUCUCGUCGAUCCGGCCGCGGCCAUGGCCCAGGCGAUGGCGGUGGCCGCCGCCGCCGCUGCGGGCAUCAACCGACCGACCGUGCUCUACUGCGCGCCCUGCAGCAUCAGAUUCAGCUCGGCGAGCACGCUCGAGGCCCACAAGAAGUACUACUGCUCGCACAGGCCCCGGCUCGAGAGCGACGCCGAGAACAACGACGACGACGAGGACGGGGGAGGCGGCGGCGGCGGCGCCAACAAAGGUCCCGGGGGACACAACAGUUCCGGGCCCGGCGGUGGCGGCCACAAAUUCGACGGGCCGCGCAAGGCCUACGGCUGUCCGCACUGCUCCUACAGCGCCGACAAAAAAGUCUCGCUGAAUCGCCACAUGCGCAUGCACGCCUCGUCGCCGGUGCAACAGCAGCAGCAGCAACCCAGCCCCGUCGUAGCACCGCCAGCACCGCCGUCUGCGUCGGCCAUCGCCAUAGCCGGCCAACAGUCGGCCGCGUCUGGCGUGACGGUACAGCACGGCGGCGUCGUCACCGUCAACGGCACCCUCAACGAGGAGUCCGAGCGCUACUGCCGCAACUGCGAUAUCAAGUUCAGCUCUCUGAAGACGUAUCGGGCGCACAAGACGCACUACUGCAGCACGCGGCACGUGGUGAAGGACUCGACCCCGACGCCAGCGGGUCUGCCCUCGGCCAAGGGAUCGUCGCCGCCGAGCCGCGCCAGUCCGGGCGACUCGCCCCCGCCCCAGCCCUGCCUGGCGCUGCCCACCAAUCCGAUCCUCAUCGUGCCCGUGGCUCUGGUGCAGAGCGCGUCGCUCCUCGCCGCGCCCGGACUGCCGGCCGCCGACACGCCCUGCUUCCUCAUGCCGAACGGCACCCUGCAGCCGAUGACGCGCAGCCUCGGCAUGCAGCUGCCGAUGGAGGCCGCGGCCCCGCCCAUGGUCGCGCCGCCGAGCGUGCUGCGCGCCGUCAACAAGUCCGCCGGCGCCAGUCAUCCCGGUGGCGGUGGUCAUCAUCAUCAUCAUCAUCACGGUGGUGGUGGCUCGGUGGCGGCGCCCAGCGGCCUCGUGCAGGCACCGAGCGCGGUCAACUCGCCCAACAACGCGUCGUCGCUGUCCGCCUCGACGCCGCUCGACCUCAGCGUCAGGAGAUCACCGGACCACGAGAAGGAGAAUCGAAUAUCCCCGCUGGCCUGCUCGUUGCCACCGAUGCCGGGCAGUCCACGUUCGCGCGGUAGUGCGAGCCCGCGAACGAGAUCUCUGCCUGCCGCGCAAAUGCCUGCGGAGCGGAUAGCGGCGCCAACGCCGCCGACCGAGCUGGCUCUGCGACUGAACGAGUUGCCGCCGCCACCGGUGCCCAGUGUCCUGGUCAAGCAGGGAGUCUCCAAAUGUAAAGAGUGCAACAUUGUAUUCUGUAAACACGAGAACUUCGUGGCGCAUAAAAAGCAUUACUGUCAAGCUCGCGAGAGCGGCGGUGCCGCUGGCGGUAACACGAGCCCACCACCGGCGGGCACACCCUCGCCGCCCCUCGUGCAGCUGAUCUGCGCCGCGUGCGGCAUCAAGUUCGCUUCCAUGGACAAUCUCGUGGCUCAUCAGGCAUUUUAUUGUCGCAAGAGGCCCGAAUCUCAGGACCAUCACACGCCCUGCCCCAAGUGCAAGGUGAUGGUAGAAGCAGGCGCAUCGCAUACCUGCGCGACGGGGCAGACUGGAAACUGGCCGUGUCUCGUUUGCGGCGCAAUCAGUCCGACCGCGGCGGCUGCUCAGCGGCACAUGGACGGUCAUCAGGGCAUUAAAGCGUUUCGUUGCAAAAUUUGCUCCUACAAGGGCAACACUCUGCGCGGUAUGAGGACGCACAUAAGGAUGCACUUUGAAAAGCGCGGAGCAGAUUUAAAGGAGGAGAAAUACAUUACGUACGUACUGGAGGAUGAUGUAGCCAUUCCCACCCAACCGGAGCCAGUAUUGGUUGCGACACCCGAGGAGGUUUCUGCGGACGCCCAGCAGCAACAGCAGCAGCUCAACGGCAAGAGCAGCGAGCCCGGUGUCAUUCGCAAGAGUCCCCUGCCGAUCACGACGGCCAGUAAUAAUUCCCCGGCGACGUCGCCAACGGUAUCGCCAGCGCCAGGAAAGAUCAAGCAGGAGCGCGAGGAGACUCCACCGCUGCCGCCGCCGUCCCCGGCCGAGGAGAGCCUCGAUGUGACGAAGAGCGGUCCUCGCUACUGCCGCUCGUGCGACAUAAGCUUCACCUACUUGAGCACCUUCAUCGCCCACAAGAAGUUCUACUGCUCCAGUCACGCCGGCGAGGCUAGCAACAAUAACAACAACAACAAUAACAAUGCCUCCGCUGGCGCCGCCGCCACCUCGACCGUGGUGGCCGCCGCGCGUGCGACGACCUCGCCGAGCGCACGCACCGAAGCUUCCGUACUGUAAAUUGGCUUCGACGAAAAAAAAUGUAUGCCAAUUAUCGAACCAAUCUCAUGCGUGGCCAAUGAAAAAUUGAUUUUUUUUUCCUUCAUACAAAACGAGUCGUGUAAAUGAAUAAUCGUGUAAGUUGGGUAGACAAUAUUUAGAUAGAUGGACGCGCGUGGCUUUUUUGCUGCUAAAUUUGUUUUAAUAUUUCACGAUAACUUUGUCCUUGACUUGGUUAGUAGACUCAAUAUCUCAAUGAGAAGAAAAUAUCGCGACGAUAACGUUCGUGUUGAAAAUGUUUUUUUUUCUAAGAGUCGAUUUUUCUUCUUGACCAGCAAUAUAUAGUCAUAAAAUUUGUGAAAUGUGAUCUUAGAAAAUGCUCAAGUAAAUAAUUUUUCAAAAUUUUGAACAAAUUAUGUUUAAAAAUUAAUUAACGUUUAUCUUGCAACUUUGUUAUCAUUACCACCUAUCUCUCUUUUUUUUAAUUCUCUUUAAUUUGAAUGAAAAAAUUCGCGAUUAAGUCAAUAAUUUCAAGCUCCAUUUUGCAUACUAUAUAAACGGAAUAUUUUGGAAAAAUUGUAAAUCGAAUUUCAUUAUUGAAUGUUUGUUUGGUCAGUACUUAACCCUUAAAGCUUUUUUAUUCGUCUUUUAGGGUUAUAAAUAUUGUUAUUUGUUGAAAUUAAAAUAAAUGAAUAUAUUUGAAUUUUAUUUAAAAUGGCUUAUAUGGUAUGCAAAGUCUUACUCAGUUAAAAUUAUUAUUAUGUAGCAUUGUUCGACUGUUACUUGUUGCCAGUUUAUAAUUAACGAAACAUUUUAAUUUUAGAGUAUAUUAAGUGUGAUGUUUGGUUUGUUUAAGGAAUUGUUCUAUUGUGUAAAAUUAAACAAUAACAUGCUGUAAAUAUCAACAUAGGUUAAAUAAAACAAAUCAGUUAACGAUUAUCCGUUUGCCAAGUGACAUACUAUGUAAGUUUGAAAUAUAUUGUUAUAUCGAGAUCUUUGUACAUAAAACUAAUUAAGAAGAACUGACUGAUAAAAAUGAAGUUUUAAAACAGUUAAAAUCCAGCAUAGUACGUGAGUUGUUAUUAAAUUGUAUUCUAAAUGACUUUUUUCAUAAUCGUCAUUCUUAAGUAAGUAAGAUUGAUGAAUUUGUUUUAAAACAUUUUUUGUACAUAUGAUGUGUGAUCUUUUUUUAAAAGUAAUCGAGUUUGCUUGAAUUUGUCUAGAAAUUAUUUAUACCGAUAUUUCGUAAUUUUUUACUCAUAAAUAAUUUAAUUUUAGUUUUUGAUUCAGAUCAUAUGAAUACAGUACAUGAGAACAUUAAAUUUAUGUAUUGUGAUAAUUAAUUUUUUUUCUUUAACUUUGAAUGAAAUUCCAAUUUUAAAUUCAGUAAAAAACGCAAAAUGUGCAAUCUCACUAUCUUUGAAUUAAUCUUUAGACAAAUAAAAAUAAUUUUAUAUAAUAAAUGUUAAAA